UGUAUGUGCUUUUGAUCCGCUCCUGCAGCGCAAAAGGCGCCCUGCAAACCCAGCGCGUUGGGAAAGGUUGUAGGUGUGUUGCAAGGAGCUCCUCUUCUCCCACAUCCCCCGGAGCCAGAACCCCAGGGGCGCCGUUUCCACGCAGAGAGGGGGGAGCACGGAGCGGCCAUUAACUCUUGCAGGGCCUGAGUUGCGGCGCCUGCGCUGGUGCUCUGGGUGUGAGCGGCGGCGGCGCGAGCGGGCUGUCCCGGGGCGCAGGGCAGCGCAGCGCCGAGCCAUGGUGAAGAUCAGCUUCCCGCAGCCGGCGGCCGGGCUCAAGCCGGAGAAGGCGGCGGAGGGCGAUGCGGUCAGCUCGGAAAUUCUCCUGCCUCCGUGCGGGGAGGAGGAGCAGCCUCCCCCAAUGCAAACAAGGAGGUCGUCUCUCAGUGGGUUAUGCUACUUGACUAUGGGCCUCAUUGUUUUGCUCCUGGGCCUUGUUUUUGCAUCCAUGUAUGUCUACAGAUAUUUCUUCGUUACUCAGUUUCCACAGCUUCCCCGGGAGAGCGUGUUCCACUGUGGGGUCCUCUUCGAAGACUCUCUCUACUCACCAUUUAAGGGGCAGUUGGAGUUGCAUGAGGAUGUGAAGAUUUACAUUGAGGAGAACUAUGAGCAGAUCAACAUCCCAGUGCCCCAGUUUGGGGGGAGUGACCCUGCAGAUAUAAUCCACGAUUUCCAGCGGGGGUUGACUGCCUAUCAUGACAUAGCCCUGGAUAAAUGCUAUGUCAUUGAACUGAACACCACUAUUGUGAUGCCACCUCGCAAUCUCUGGGAAUUGCUGGUUAACAUGAAGAAAGGGACGUACCUGCCUCAGACAUACAUAAUCCAAGAGGAGAUGAUCGUUACAGAGCAUGUCAAUGACAUGGAGCAGCUUGGCUCCUUUAUCUACCGCCUGUGCAGCGGCAAAGAGACUUACAGGCUGAAGCGGAGGACUGCUAGGAGACGUAUCAAUCGACGUGAGGCUGGAAACUGUAAUCACAUUCACCACUUUGAAAACACUUUUGUGGUUGAAACUGUUAUCUGCAAAAAGUCAUGAAGCAGCUCUUCAGAUAUAACCCUCCUCUGCUUUGCUUGCACAAAUGGAUCCUGUCCUUAGAAGUGAUAAUCUGUCUUACUUUUUUUACUCUCUCCCCUGCUUGGGCAGCACUAACUUCUCAGAUCCCUUGUGAUUAUACAUUGGACUCUAUUGUCUCUGUACUGUAUGUACUACUUACCUGGGACUCUUUGUUGGGCUUAAAUUUACACAGUAAACCAAAAUGCAACUCAGAAUAGACUCAGCCAUUUGUGAACACAGCAGGACAGGAAUCCCAUUAUGGAAGAUGCGUGCUCUGGAAAGUGUGGGGAUGGAAACGGAGGGUAAGAAAUAGCCUGCAGUGUAGAAAUGUUUCAUUCUGCUGGAAUCAUUAGGUGGUUUCAUGCAGACAUCAUGUUGGCACAGAAAAGCCAAAGUAAAAUAAUGCCAUUAAAGGUGGGUUACCAUUUGGAUGUAGUAACUAGCAGAAUGCUGUUAGAUGCAGUAAGAAUACAGGUCUGGGGUUUGCAAAUGCUGCAUCUAGGGAAGUUCUGCACAUAGAGAAUUUCUGCCAAACUAAGUAAUAACCUUUAGUGUAAAGUCUUGUUCCAAGUCAUCCAGUGAGCGUGCCUGUUAAGAGCCUAUUUCACAAACACCAAAUGGAGUCUUUACACACUCGUGCAUAUUGCUCUGAAAUUAUCUCACAGUGUACUUUUCUGAGCAAGGACUAUCUGAUUCUGUACCCGUUGACCAUUCUGAGCCCCUCAGCUGAUCUGCAGGUGGGGGUAGAGUGGGGAGGAGGAGGGUGGAUUCUGGAAGGAGCCAAAGGCAAAAAAGAGUGACUAAAUUGAAUGGAGACUGAUUCAAGCAUCAUUGCUUCAUGACCACAAAGAAGUGAAUGGUACACAAGUAUAUAUCCCAGCACAAAAAAUGGGCCCAACUUUGAGUGACUUUUCAUAGCACAUUGUGAUAUUUUCACCAGGAGGACACUGUUCUUCAGCAGUUAGCCCAACAUAUUGAGCACAGACAUUUAUCUUUUUAUACCGGACAGACAGGCCUUCACUUUCCAUAUAUUUUCCUGAAGUAAAUAAAGGGGCAGAGCCUGAACUGGUGUAAACUGUCAUCGCUCCAUUGCAGCCCCUUUAACUGGUCCUUGAAGUCAAUGGAACUGUGAAACUUUACACCGGCUAAGAAUCUGCCCCAUACAGUUCUAACUACUGCAAUCCAUAUUUUUUUUAAAAAGAUUCCAGGCCUAUUUUCUGUCUGAAUGUCUCCACUAGUCUCUCACUAUCAGAGGCUUGUGGUCCUAUCCCAUUUCACAUGUCCCUUCUCUGUCUGACAGUCUGAGCUAUGAGGUACUCCUCUUCUUCAUGGGGCAUGGGGGCAGACCAGCUAAUUGGUUGUAUGCGAGGGGCAAGGAACAGCCCUUCAUUGGAAUUCGGCAGAGUUCUCUGCCUCCACUUCUAUGCAAGUGGCAUGUUAAGGGGGUCUGCUUGUUUGGGGACUUUGAAGAUCUUAAUGUACUAGUUAAGCAGCUUUUUCAGUGGUGGUUUUUUUACAUUCAUUUUCCUUACUUUAACCUGCCAGGAUCUUUAAUGUUCCCUGGCCCUUCUUACAAGCACAAGCAGUGACCCCAGCUUCAGAGCUUGUAGAAGUAGCAGCAUCAGCGUGAACAGUCUGUGUUUUUUGAGAGAGUUCUCUUGUAUAGUGUGAAAUAGUCCUCCUUUUGUAGCAUCACAAGCACUUAUGUGGGCUAUUUUUAUGCCAAUAAGUAUUGUCUAGCCAUGUACAAUCUUGCAGAAUUAACUGGCAUGUUAAAAGAGACCACUCAACAUACAUAUAUAUAUAUAUAUAUAUAUAUAUAUAUAGGAGGGGCCUAUAUAUAGAAUUUCAAAUUGGCACCGUCUUCUUAAUUGGUUUCCAGCAAAUCUGGACUUGUUCCCCAUCUGUUGAAAUGAGCUUGAUGUUUUAGAAAGAGGAAAGAUAAAGUAAAAGCAAUAAUAUAUAUAUUUAAAAUGCUGAACUACAGAUGUGAUGGAAUCCUUGCAUAGACAUUGAAACAAGACCAAGAUUUGGUUGAUCAAUGUACUGCAUAGAAAUAGUGUGACCUGAACUGCAUGUCUAUUGAUCAGCAAAAAGAAAAAAAAAUGUAGGCUGAUUAUGUAUUUUUCACUCUGCUCCAUAAAUAUAGUUAAGUAGGCCCUUGAAACGCAGACAGGUUUUUGUUUUUGCUUGUGUGAAUGGAGUGAAUUUCCAAUUGGCACAGUCUUUUUAAUUGGUUUCCAGCAAAUCUGGACUUGUUCCCCAUCUGUUGAAAUGAGCUUGAUGUUUUAGAAAGAGGAAAGAUAAAGUAAAAGCAAGUACAAUCAUUAACUCAGCAGAGCCAAAAAAAGAGAUUUUUUGUGAUAGACAACUUUAAAGUAGUAAUGCUGUGAUUUAAUUAUAUGAAACCAAAAGCAGAAGUUUUAGGCAAGCAUGCAGCACAACGGUAAUUUAUCUGUCCUGAGAUAUUGAGGGUUAUUUUUUAUAUAAACCUAUGAAAGAAAUUGUUAAAUUUUAACCUAUCAGAAUGCAGACUUUUUAGACUUACUCUAAUGUUUAAGUUUAUGGAAAAUGAAAAGUCCUGUACAAUUCACACAGCUUAGUAAGGUAUGUUUCCCCCAACAUCAGUAGGGUAUGUGCUUUAUGUAUAAUUAAAUUUUCAAAAAACAAAAUUCUAUCUUUUGUCCUAACCCUACUUUGCAAAGUGGAUCACUAAUGUAUAUUGGGAGUCGGGGAGGGAAAUGAGCAGAUAUCAGUUUGCUUGAUGCAAAUACAGCAAACUGGUAAAUUUAAGCCCUGCAUUUAUUUUUGCUUUUAGGAAUCUCAGCCAACCUGCACUCAGGUGGAAAUAUAAACUUUUUUUCCUCUUCCUUCUGAUUCUGCAUGUUUUAACUGGUCAUUAAAUAUGCUAACUAUGUGCAAUCUGUGAACUUAAGAACAAGGCCUUAGUUCUUUAGCGUGAACUAAAGUAAUCACAGUUCAUAGGAUCAAAACAGCAGUUGUCUAGUAACAAAACUUAAAAUGCUUUGUAUAUUUUGUCUGUUAGAGAAAUCUGACCUGUUAAUAAAAUCUUUUACCUCUGA